CAUGCACAGGCGCCGAGGCGCUCGUUUGGCGCGCGCGCUGUAAGCUGUGGGUCUGAGCCAGGGUGUUGGGUUUUUUUCUCUUUUCUCCUUGGUUUUUUACUUUUUUCAGACGCUGGUGUCUCCGAGUCUCGACAUGCCGUCUUCUUUACUGGGCUCGGCGAUGCCGGCCUCCACGUCGGCCUCAGCUUUGCAGGAAACUCUGGAAAAUGCAGGGCGGCUCAUCGACCGUCAGUUGCAAGAAGACCGCAUGUACCCGGACCUUUCCGAGCUUCUCAUGGUGUCUGCCCCAAAUAAUCCCACUGUUUCUGGGAUGUCAGAUAUGGAUUAUCCUCUACAAGGACCUGGUUUGCUGUCAGUACCCAACCUUCCAGAGAUGAGUUCCAUCCGAAGAGUUCCUCUCCCACCUGAACUUGUUGAACAGUUUGGACAUAUGCAGUGUAACUGCAUGAUGGGCGUGUUCCCUCCUAUCAGCAGAGCUUGGCUCACAAUUGACAGUGACAUAUUCAUGUGGAACUAUGAAGACGGAGGAGACCUUGCCUAUUUUGAUGGACUGAGUGAGACUAUUCUUGCUGUGGGACUUGUGAAACCAAAAGCUGGCAUCUUUCAACCUCAUGUACGACACCUCCUGGUUUUGGCAACCCCUGUGGAUAUAGUGAUUCUUGGACUUAGCUAUGCUAAUUUACAAACAGGUUCUGGGGUUCUUAAUGACAGUAUGUGUGGUGGAAUGCAGUUGCUUCCAGAUCCUUUAUAUUCUCUUCCCACUGAUAAUACUUACCUUUUAACAAUAACUUCCACUGAUAAUGGGAGAAUUUUCUUGGCUGGAAAAGAUGGCUGUUUAUAUGAAGUAGCAUACCAAGCAGAAGCAGGUUGGUUUAGCCAAAGAUGUAGGAAAAUAAACCACUCAAAGAGCACACUUUCUUUCCUUGUUCCUUCAUUGCUACAAUUCACAUUCUCAGAAGAUGAUCCUAUUGUUCAAAUUGCAGUUGAUAAUUCUAGAAACAUUUUAUAUACACGGUCUGAGAAAGGAGUAAUACAGGUAUAUGAUUUGGGCCAAGAUGGACAAGGAAUGAGCAGAGUUGCCUCAGUUUCACAGAAUUCUAUUGUUUCUGCUGCUGGAAACAUUGCUAGGACCAUAGAUCGUUCUGUUUUUAAGCCGGUUGUUCAAAUAGCAGUGAUUGAAAAUUCUGAAUCCCUGGACUGUCAGUUAUUGGCGGUUACACAUGCAGGUGUAAGGUUAUAUUUCAGCACUUGUCCAUUCAGACAACCAUUAGCACGACCUAAUACAUUGACACUGGUUCAUGUCCGCUUACCUCCUGGAUUCUCAGCGUCUUCAACAGUGGAAAAGCCUUCAAAAGUACAUAAAGCUCUUUAUAGUAAAGGCAUUCUACUGAUGGCAGCUUCAGAAAAUGAAGAUAAUGAUAUUUUGUGGUGUGUCAACCAUGAUACAUUUCCCUUCCAAAAGCCAAUGAUGGAAACCCAGAUGACAACCCGUGUUGAUGGUCAUUCCUGGGCUCUUUCUGCAAUAGAUGAAUUGAAAGUAGAUAAAAUAAUUACACCCUUAAAUAAGGAUCAUAUUCCAAUAACUGACUCACCGGUUGUGGUACAGCAGCACAUGUUGCCUCCAAAGAAAUUUGUUCUCCUCUCAGCACAGGGAAGUCUUAUGUUUCAUAAACUUAGACCUGUAGAUCAACUGAGACACCUACUUGUGAGUAAUGUGGGUGGAGAUGGAGAAGAGAUUGAAAGAUUCUUUAAAUUACAUCAGGAAGACCAGGCUUGUGCAACCUGCCUUAUCCUUGCUUGUUCCACUGCUGCCUGUGAUAGAGAAGUAUCUGCAUGGGCCACUCGGGCUUUCUUCAGGUACGGUGGUGAAGCACAGAUGAGAUUUCCACCCACUCUCCCUGCUCCAAGUAAUGUUGGUCCCAUCUUGGGGUCUCCUGUCUACUCUAGUUCUCCUAUUCCUAGUGGUAGUCCAUAUCCAAAUCCAUCAUUUUUGGGAACACCAUCUCAAGGUGUACAUCCUCCUGCCAUGUCAACUCCAGUGUGUGUUUCAGGAAACCCAGCAACUCAGGCUGCAAGUAUGAGUUGUAUGGCUGCACCAGAGAUUGUGUACUCUGGAAAACACAAUGGUAUUUGCAUUUACUUUUCUCGAAUCAUGGGAAAUAUCUGGGAUGCGAGUUUAGUUGUGGAGAGAGUAUUCAAGAGUGGCAACAGAGAAAUCACUGCAAUUGAAAGUAGUGUUCCCUCCCAACUGUUGGAGUCAGUGCUACAAGAACUAAAAGGUUUGCAAGAAUUUCUAGACAGAAACUCCCAAUUUGCAGGGGGACCAUUAGGAAAUCCAAAUACAACAGCCAAAGUGCAGCAGAGGCUGAUAGGAUUCAUGCGUCCUGAAAAUGGAAAUACCCAGCAGAUGCAACAAGAACUGCAGAGGAAGUUUCAUGAGGCUCAACUGAGUGAAAAGGUUUCACUUCAGGCAAUCCAGCAGUUGGUUCGAAAAUCAUACCAGGCUCUGGCUUUAUGGAAGCUUCUUUGUGAACAUCAGUUCACUGUCAUUGUAGGAGAACUUCAGAAGGAAUUUCAAGAGCAGCUGAAAAUCACCACCUUUAAAGAUCUGGUAAUCAGGGACAAGGAACUGACCGGGGCAUUAAUUGCUUCUCUUAUCAACUGCUACAUCAGAGAUAAUGCUGCUGUUGAUGGCAUUAGUUUACACUUACAGGAUAUCUGCCCACUUCUGUAUAGCACUGAUGAUGCAAUUUGUUCUAAGGCAAAUGAACUCCUCCAGCGUUCCCGACAAGUUCAAAAUAAGAUUGAAAAGGAAAGAAUGUUAAGAGAAUCCUUAAAGGAAUAUCAGAAAAUCAGCAAUCAAGUGGACCUUUCCAGUGUUUGUGCUCAGUAUAGACAAGUCCGUUUUUAUGAGGGUGUAGUGGAGCUCUCUCUUACUGCUGCAGAAAAAAAAGAUCCUCAGGGUCUUGGACUUCAUUUCUAUAAACAUGGAGAACCAGAAGAAGACAUCGUGGGACUGCAGGCUUUCCAAGAAAGAUUAAACAGUUACAAGUGUAUUACAGAUACACUUCAAGAAUUGGUAAAUCAAAGUAAGGCUGCUCCUCAGUCUCCCAGUGUACCCAAAAAACCUGGGCCUCCAGUAUUGUCAUCUGAUCCCAAUAUGCUGAGUAAUGAAGAAGCAGGACAUCACUUUGAACAAAUGCUUAAACUGUCUCAACGAUCCAAAGAUGAGCUCUUUAGUAUUGCCCUUUAUAAUUGGCUAAUACAAGCUGAUCUUGCAGAUAAGUUAUUACAGAUUGCUUCUCCAUUUCUGGAGCCACAUCUAGUCCGAAUGGCCAAAGUUGAUCAAAACAAAGUUCGUUACAUGGAUUUACUCUGGAGGUAUUAUGAAAAGAACAGAAGCUUUAGUAAUGCUGCUCGUGUCCUGUCCAAAUUGGCUGACAUGCAUAGCACAGAAAUUUCACUUCAGCAGCGACUAGAGUACAUUGCUCGAGCCAUUCUUAGUGCCAAAAGUUCCACUGCCAUUUCAUCGAUAGCUGCGGAUGGUGAAUUCCUUCAUGAAUUAGAAGAAAAAAUGGAAGUUGCUAGGAUCCAACUUCAGAUACAAGAGACACUACAAAGGCAGUAUUCCCAUCAUUCUUCUGUACAGGAUGCAAUUUCUCAGCUGGAUUCUGAGCUAAUGGACAUAACUAAGCUUUAUGGGGAAUUUGCUGACCCAUUUAAACUUGCAGAGUGUAAACUUGCAAUAAUUCAUUGUGCUGGUUAUUCAGACCCUAUAUUGGUGCAGACACUUUGGCAAGAUAUCAUAGAGAAGGAAUUGAAUGAAAGUGUAGCGUUGAGCUCCUCAGAUAGAAUGCAUGCUCUUAGUCUCAAGGUUGUGCUCCUUGGCAAAAUUUAUGCUGGCACACCUCGCUUCUUUCCUUUAGAUUUUAUUGUGCAGUUUUUAGAGCAGCAAGUUUGUACUUUGAACUGGGAUGUAGGUUUUGUAAUACAGACAAUGAAUGAGAUUGGAGUGCCAUUACCUAGACUACUGGAAGUAUAUGAUCACUUGUUCAAAUCACGGGAUCCAUUCUGGAACAGAAUGAAGAAGCCACUGCACCUUUUGGAUUGUAUACAUGUACUGUUGGCAAGAUAUGUUGAGAAUCCUAGCCAGGUUUUAAAUUGUGAGAGGAGAAGAUUUACGAAUCUGUGCCUGGAUGCCAUUUGUGGUUAUCUGGUUGAGCUUCAGUCUAUGAGCUCUUCAGUGGCAGUACAAGCCAUCACGGGAAAUUUUAAAUCUCUCCAGGCUAAACUAGAACGGCUUCAUUAAUUAUUGUAAUGUAUUGUCAUCCAUGCAUUUUAAUCUGUAAAAUAAAAGCUCAGUUGGGUCCAGA